GCACGUGUAGCCAGUUGUUUAUAAUCCCGCAAAACCCUCCAAAUAAAAUCGCCAACACCCCGUAAACUCGCGCCAGUGAGAGUGAACUCAACAAUUAAAAUCAUCAAAUGAUAAUUAAAACGUGUCAAGAUGUGGCGUGGACCCGAGCCUGGAAGUGCAAGAUGCGAGGUAACCUGGAAAAAGGUGAAAAACACCGUGUCCCAGCGAAUGGAGGAUGACUCCCUCAUUCACCUCUUCACCGAAAAAAAAACAUUGAAGAGACGCACGAAACUGCUGAACAGUCACCUGCGACAGCCCGCGAAUCACACCAUCUCCUACGCCAACUACAUAAAAGCGAAAACAGCGAUCCUGAGGACCUUCUCAGAGGACGAGGAGACGAGUGAUUCGGACCUGAGUGACGAUUUAUCGAGACCUCAUGAUGAGUCCGCCAAUCCGAGGAGUUCAGCCCUUCAAACUCUCCUGAAGGACAUGAUGCUGGAGUCUCCAGACUCAGGUGAUGAAUUAGAACCGAGGAAAAAGGCUGUAGUGAAGAGGGGGCGGGGGAGACCCAGAGGCGGGUUGAGGAGUAAUCCUAGGAGACGAAAAAAUUCACGCACCAGUGGUUCAGAGUCUGAGUGGGAGAGAGCUCCAGUGGCUGUUGUCAAGAGACCCAGGGGACGGCCGAGGAAAUAUCCUUUGACUGGGAAAACUCCAGUGACGACAGCUAGGGGUGGGUCGUUGAGGUCUAGUAAAAUUGGAGGGAAGUGUGGAGGUGUUGAGGGGAGGGAUGACAAUAUUGGGGAUGAAUCAACAAUUGCAGAUUUUGAAUCGUCCAGGAGAAAAUCUGGAUCCAGGAAAAUUGUUGGGGAGGAGGAUCUUAAUGUUGAUGAGGAGUUAGAGGAUUUGGAUUCUUCAAGGCUGAUUCGAGAGAAGGAUUUGAAGGGUCAGGAUGGUAAAUUCUCUGGGAGAAAAUUGAGAUCAAGGAGAGUUGAUGAGGAGGAAGAUUCAGAUGAUGAUGAAUCAGAGUUUAAGUGGGAGACAGCGCCAGUGACGAGAGCUAGUAGUGCGUCAUUAAGGUCAAGUAAAAUUGGAGGGAAGUGUCGUGAUGGUGAGGGGAGGAUUUCUAAUGUCGGUGAUGAAUCAACAAUAGCAGAUGUUGAAUCCUCCAGGAAAGAUUCUAAAUCCAGGAAAAUUGUUGAGGAGAAGGAUUUAAAUGUUGAUGAGGAAUCAGAGGAUUUAGAUUCUUCGAGUCUGAUUCGAGGGAAGGAUUUGAAGGGUCAGGAUGAUAAACUCCCUGGGAGGAAACCGAGGUCAGGGACAGGUGUUGAGGAGGAAGAUUUAAAUGUUGAUGUUGAAUCCUCCAGGAGAAAAUCUGAAUCCAGGAAAAUUGUUGAGGAGAGGGAUUCAAAUGUUGUUGAGGAAUCAGAGGAUUUGGAUUCUUCGAGUUUUAUUCAAGUGAAGGAUCAAGAUGAUAAAUUGCCUGGGAGAAAGUCGAAGUCAGGGACAGGGGUUGAGGAGAAAGAUUCAGAUGUUGAUGAUGAAUCAGAGGCAUCAGAACCUUCAACUUCGAUGAAAGGAGAUAAACCUGAAGUUCUUGAAUAUUCAACGAGACCUAGGCAAAUUGUUAAAAAGAGAGAUUCGAGUGGUGAUGAUGAAUUAGAGAAACCAAAAUCUUCAACUUUAAAUCAAGAAAAUAAAUUCGUUGAUGUGGAUUUGCUGAGAAGAAGAUUAAUAUCGAGAACAACUGAUCAAUCAAAGAACUUGAAGUCUUCAUCUCCAGAUGAACGAAGGAAAUCUCAAGAUGUUGAAUAUUCUGGGAGAGUAUUAAGAUCAAGGACAAUCAGCAAGGAUAACGAUCCUUAUCUUGACGAUGAAUCCAAAAAUUUGGGGUCUCCAACUUCAACCGAGGGGAGAAAAUCUCAAUCUGAUUUUUCCAGUAGAAAAUUAAGAUCAAGAACAAUUAGCACGGAGAAACAUUCAAAUCCUGAUGACGAACCAAAGAUAUCAGAGUCUCCAAUUCAAGUUCCAGGGAAGAAUCCUCAAGAUGUGUCUGAUCAAUCGAAAAAAUCGAAAUCUCCAGCUUCUACUAAAGAAAAUAAAUCCCCUGUUGAAUCUCCCAAGAAAACAUCGAGAAUAAGAAUUCUCGAAGAAGGAAAUUCAAAUGUUGAUGAUAAAUCAAAUAAAUUGAAAUCCCCAACUGCAUCUCAAGACGCUAAAUUUCCUGAGAAAAUCUCAGACUCAAGAACAAUUUUUAAAGAAAGAGAUUCAAAUAAUUCUGAUAAAUCUGAGAAACCAGAGUCUUCAAUUCCAGAAAUCGUGACAGUAAUAAUUAACGACCACCAGAAAAAUUUAGCUUCACAUCACCAAGAAACUCCUAAUACAGUCUCAACGAAACCAACGAAACCCUCAGCAGUCAAGAAACCCAAUUACUCCAACGACGUGAACACUCACAUUUUCGAGAAAAUAUCAAGACUGAUUUCCAGCGGAGUUGACCCUCACCUAGCAGCUGAUGCCAGUAGAAUAUACUCAACAGACGGUUCGACGAAUGGACAGGAGACACCAGGAGCCUACAGCACUGACGAAAGAGAAUUCCUGACCCCUCAGACAUCAGACUGCGAGGAUUUGAGUGGCGAAGAUGAGAAAAAACACUCGACACUUAAAAAUCCUGAGGAAAAUCCCCUGGAGUCUGCAGUAAACGUCUCUGGAGAGGACUCCAUGGACAAUGACGACAUGUUUGAGGAAGAGAAGAUGAUUACCCAGUCGCAAAUGAGCAUUGCUGAUGCAUCUAGUCACUUUGAGAGUCAGAAUGAUCAUAAAGAUGAAGUAGAGCGUGAGAUUGCCCCCAAAAAAUCCCCAAAGUCUCCAGCAAAAAAUUCCCUCGUGUGUCAGGAUGAUUUUUUGCAGGAGGAGAAGCAUCUUGGUGACACUGAGACGAAUAUAGAGGACUCAAAAUCAGAAAUAUUGAAUGACGAGAAGGAGAAAAGUGAUUGUGUGGACACAAACUCAAUGGAAAUCCCAUUCACCCAAGAAUUCGAUGCCAAGGAGGAUGAAACCAUCAAAAACAUUGAAGAAUACGUCGAGAAUGUUGUGAAAGAGUUCGACGAGAAAUUCCCUGUGAAAACAAGUCCUCCAACAAAUGAAAACCCAGCUUCAUUCGAAGAAUCGAGGGCCCCAGGAAAGCCCAUCGAAAAAAGAGAAGAAUUGAAUAAUGCAAUUUCGAGAGACUCGAUUAAAUCCACUGGGAAGGCAUCACUUCCCUCAGGAUCAGCUAGAAAAAUCGUCAGGAGUCCCAAAACCCCUGAAGACGUGAAGAGGAAUCUCAUGGAGACACUGGACAGAAUCUCCAACGAGUCAUCACCUGGAAUUAUUAAAAAUCCUGAGAACAAUUCCAAUUCCUUUCAGAAGAAAAUCAGCACUCCUGACCCACCACUUUCAAGCCUAGAUGGAGAAGACUCUCGACCUGAUGACGAGUUCUCAGUGGCUCCAGCUGAUUCUGGGAUCGAUGAGGAGUCCCAAAACGUCUCCCCCCACGAAUACCGAAUUUUCAAGGAAGAGGGACUCAAUAAAUCUAGGGAAAACACUGUGAGUUGCUCUGCAUCGAAGAGUGCAACAGAUAAAAUAUUCCAAGAGGAGCAGCUGACUGAAACUCAGCAGAAAAUCGAAACCUCUCCAUCGAAGAAGGUAGCGAACUUGAAGAUCACGUGUACAGAGUUGCUAAAGUCUAAAUAUCUGAUCGUAAAGAAUCGAAAGGAUGGGGAUGAGGAGAAACUGAUGUCUUCUGAGGCAUCUCCAACAGCUCCAGGGAAGGUGGGGCCCAGGUCUGAAGCCCCAGAUGCAUUGGAAGAACCUCUGGAUGAGUCUGAAGAUGAUCAAGUCAGACUUCAGUGUCCAGGAACUUCAGAUGAAGAUGUUUACAAUAAUUUUUCGUCCUUUGGGGGUGAGCUGGACGGUUACAACUCUGAUGGAGAUGAUUAUGGGGCUUCAGACCCAGGAUUUCCCUCUCGUCAUGAAGAGGAUGAGUGGGAGAGGUCCAGGAGGGAGGAACGAAUGUCUCUGGCUGUGGCUAGUGAAUCUGAAUCAUUAAAAUAUGUUUUGAAUUCUCUCGUUGCUCGGGGGAAUCAGAGGAAUGGUUGGUGCGAGGAGGAAGGGGAUCUUCUCCAGGAGGAACUGCUGGUGGGGAAGGGGCUGGAGACUGGGGGAGGGCUAGGGCCUCCAAGGGGAGGCGACAGGGUCCUGUCGAGACCCACGAGCAUUCCUGAGUUCGUUGAAGGGUCUGAUCUGGUGCCCUUCGAGGCCCUUCCAUCGUUCACUCUGGGGGACAUUGGGGAGGAUGACGAUAUUUAUCUCAUGGAAAUCCCCAAGUCGAUACUGCAACGGGACUUGGGGGGCCAGAGGUUCAGGCUCGGGGAGGGGAAGAUUUUUAUUGGAGAGGGUCGCUACGAGGUUCAGAGGAAGGAGGCCGCGGCCAUGUCCUGUAUUCUGCAUUGUGGAGACAAGAGAAAUCGGUUCAAAACAGGAAUCAUCGAGCCCGUGGAGCACAUCAUCGUAAGGCAACAAUUCAGGGAUGACGUGAUGACGACGCCAAAGAUAGAACUAGAAUCACGAAUGUCCGUGCCAUUCCCCAAGAACAUCAAGUCUCGAAACCCUCUGAUUCUCGCAGGUGAGACAUCAGACAAUGAUCAACUGGACUCAACGACGAUCGAAGAUGAAGAAGGCGAUUCACAAGAAGAGAAAAUCUGGUACACUCGAAGGAGGAAACGAAGUGCCAAUGAAAUUUCAGAUGAAUCAGAGAGAAUCAGUGGUAAUCGAAAGCAUAAAAGACCUCGAAUAACCAUCGAAUCACAAGAUGAAGACGAAAUCGAAGAGCUAGAGCAUUCAGAUGAUAAAUCGAAUGUUUUUCAGAAUGAUUCAGAUAUCCAAGACCUCAAAAAAUCACCUGAACAAUCCAAGGAACGAAGACAUGAAGACGAACAGAACACAAAUUUGGGAGAGCACGAAGGAGAAUUGAGAGUUACGAAGAAAGAAGAAAAAUGCGAGAGACUCGAAGGAUUAGCCAGUGAUCAUGAAACUUCAAGCAUUCUCCAAGAUAAUUCAGAAAUCACGAAAGAAGAGGAUGAAGAGCCGCAAGAUAAUCUUGUUAUCAAUCCCUUGAAAGCCCUGAGGGAAAGGAAAAAGUAUAAACAGCGUAAAAAUUCAUUUACGAGACGAGAAGACGAGACUCUUGAAAGCAUUGAUGCUGAUUUUGGGUGUGCGAAGGAGGAGGAAAAAUGUGGAUGGCUUGAAAGAGCAGUUGAUGAUCAGGAAUGCUCGACUAUCCUUGGGAAUCAUUCAGGAAUCAGUGAGGAAGAACGUGAGGAUGCAAAAGGUGAUCAUGUUAUUGACCCCCUGAUAGCUUUCAGGGACAACAUAAAUACGAGAAGGCGUAGGAAUUUGUUGAGAGGACGAGCAGAGGAAACUGAUGGGAGCACUCGUGCUGAAUUUGAAGGUGCAAAGAGAGAGGAAAAGUCUGGAGGGUUUGAAGAAUUGCCCGAUGGUCGGGAUUCUUCUUGUAUUCUUCGAAAUGAUUUAGACAGAAAUGUGGAGGAAAGUGGAGUUUCAGAUCAGCACAUCGAUGAAGUCCUGAGGAAACCGAAAAAGUCUAGAAAGUGUAAUAAUUCAAUCAGAACUUUAGAAGAUGAGGAAAAACCUAGAGUUAAAGAAGAUUCUGAAGCAGAUCAACAGAACGACAAUUUUGAAGGCUUGAGGGAAGAUGUGUCCUGUGAGGAGCCUGAAAGUGUAAUAGAUGGUGUAGCCCACGAGACCACUGAUGAAGAAUCCCAAGUUUCGAGGAAAGAGAACAAGUCUGAAGGACUUGAAACAUCAGCCGAAGAUCGAGAGUCAUUCGAAAUUGUUGUAGAUCAAAAAACAUGGAAGGACCUAAUCGAAGGACCGGAGAUUCAGAGGAAGAAGAAGAAAACGAAGAAAGUUGAAAAAUAUUUGAGAGAAUGCCAAGAUCACCGCAUGCCUGAACAGUUGGGAAUUCCAUCUGAACUGGAAAAAUCCGAAGAUUUAACAGACGAGUCUGACGACAAAAACACUUCCCGAACUUCACAAAAUCGUUCAGAAAGUGAAGUCUCACAAGAUCAAUCUAACCAGAAUUCUCACGAGUCUGAACAGAAGAAGAAGUCUAAGAAACUCAGGAAAUUACUCUCUGACCACAAGUCUCUCGUUGAUUUUCAGAAUAAUUCGGAGAGGGAUAUAAAAGAAGAUGAAGAGUUGGAAGAUUCAGUCAAAGUUUUAGGAGGUGCAGGACCUUCCGGUAUUUUUCAAAAUCAUUCAGAAACUAAAUUUCAUGAAAAUAGAGUUUCACAAGAUGAAUGUAACGAGGACCCUCAGGAGCUACUAAAGAAGAAAAAGAAGUCUAAAAAACUUAGAAAAUUAUUCCACGAACCAGAGUCCCUCAUUGAUAUUCAGAAUCAUUCAGACGUGAAUAUGAAAGAAGAUGAAGUAUUUAAACAUGCGCUAGCAAUAUCUAAUAGCAAAAAUCCUACCAGCACUUUCCAAAAUGAUUUAGAAACACAGGACUAUAAAAAUGAAAUAUCACAAGAUGAAUCGAACAAGGAGCAUCAUGAAUUUGUCAAGAAAGAGAAGUCUAAAAAACGUAUAAAAUUGUUGUACGAACAAGAGUCCCUUGUUGACAUCCAGAUUAAUUCAGAGGUGGAUAUAAAAGAAGAUAAACUAUUUAAACAUUCACCCGAAAUGUCUGUAGAUGAAAAUCCUUCCAGCACUUCCCAAAAUUAUUCAAAAACACGAUACUACAAUAAUGAAAUCUCACAAGAUGCAUCAAACAAGGAAGAUCAUGGACUUGUCAAGAAGAAGAAGAAGUCUAAGAAACUCAGGAAAUUUUUCCACGAACAAGAGUCCCUCGUCGACAUCCAGAAUAAUUCAGACGUGGAUAUAACAAAAGAUGAAAUAUUCAUACAUUCACCAGAAAUGUCUAAAGACGAAAACCCUUCCAGCACUUCCCAAAAUGAUUUAGAAACACAGGACUAUGAAAAUGAAAUCCCACAAGCUGAAUCGGACAAGGAAGAUCAUGAGCUUGUCAAGAAAAAGAAGUCUAAAAAACAUAGAAAAUUAUUCCACGAACAAGAGUCUCUUGUUGACAUCCAGAUUAAUUCAGACGUGGAUAUAAAAGAAGAACUAUUUAAACAUUCACCAGAAUUGUCUGUAGAUGAAAAUCCUUCCAGCAGUUCCCAAAAUUACUUAGAAACACAGGACUAUAAAAAUGAAAUUUCACAAGAUGAAUCGAACAAGGAAGAUCGUGAAGUUCUCAAGAAGAAGAAGUCUAAAAAACUUAGAAAAUUGUUCCAUUUGAAAUUUUUCCACGAACAAGAGUCUCUCAUCAACAUCCAGAAUAAUUCAGAUGUGGAGAUAAAAGAAGACGAAGAACUGCAUGACUCGAUCACCCCUGAAGCCUCCCCAUCUAUAAAGAAGAAUAAAAAGUAUAAGAAACAUAAAAAAUCAUGCCAAGACCAAGAAGUGCUCAUCAUUGCCCAAAACGCAUCAAAAAUAGAAGUAAAAGAGGAUGAGGAAGAAAAUCAGUCUCGUAAUCAAGAGUUCAAAGUUCCAAAGAUAGUCAAAAAAUCGAAGAAACGUAAAGGAUUAAGCCAAACACAAGAAUCUUCUGAUACCUCCGAUAUCAGUGGAAGUGAAGUUGACUCAAAUUUCAAGACAAAAAAAAGGAAAAAGAGAUGUUCUGGAAAUUUACAUAAAUAUGACGAUUUUCCCAAUGUCGUGAAUGAGGAAGUUAUGCCAGAACGCGGGAGGAAAGAGAAAAACGAUGAAGUUAAAAUUCCGAAGAAGAGCUUUUAUGAGCAAAUGAUGGAAGAUUCUGACUAAUUGUUGCUCAAACAAUACGGAUUAUCCUUAUAAGCUUGUGAUUGUGAUGUUUUCUAUUCAUAUGAAAAUUAUUAUUGUUUUUAUUCCAUUGAA